AUGUCUACUUAUUUCGUUGCCUUUGCGUUCAUCAUCUGGACUUUGGCGUUAUGGCGACACGUCUCGCGUCGGGCGGCAUUCAUCAGCGACCCAGACCGGCGUCUCCCGUCCCCUCUCUGGCACGUCCCCGUUGCUUCGUCCCACGGGGACCACAACGACCCAAUGACUACACCCACCAACGUCAGUCGUACGGUCGAGUCGUUGCUCUCGUUGCGCGUCGGAGACUUGCCUGGCUACACCGGAUGGGCCCGGCCCGUCGGAACACUGUCACCGUACUUUCGACAAGUAUCCGACGCCCACGGCCGUCCCACUCGAACCAUCGUUACGGUGGGACGCGUCUGGACCGUACGAGUGGCGUGUACGGGACACGUACGGUGUUUCCGUCCCCAACGGGCCAUUCUGGACGUACGUGCGUACGGGCCCAGUGUCGUGGCCGGAAUGGUCGUGCCGUCCCGUGUCCGCCGGGCCUACGACCCAUCCAACACCACCGCCAGUCACGACACGAUUCCGGGAUAUUACGAUGUGCAAAUUGUCUUUCCCGAUGCCGGAGUCUACCACGUCGAAGUAGUCCUGGCCUUUUCCAACGCACCGGCGUGGAACGAAUUUCCACUGGCUGGACCCGAACCCGACUACGAAGGCUACCUUCUACCAGAUUUCCCCUUAACCGUGGUUGUCGAUCCCGUAGAACUAGUCAGCGAAGAUCCUACGACGCACGCGAGUCAAGACAAUCGACCAGUAUGUACAAACGCAGACUUGCUCGAAACGUCGCCAACCAGUGCAAUAAUCAAAGGUCGUUGGAGAGUGUCCGACAAGGUUCAGGACCGACGCUUGGUCGAAGAUGCGUACGAGAUUGAUCACAGUCCAUCCAACAUUAGCCGAACAGGAUAUGAGCAGGGCGUCAAUUCGCUGGGUAUUACUAUGGCCUUUGAAUACCAAAAGUGUAAACUCGCGACUGUUCACCAAAGUAAGCGGAUCUUGAUGGUGCCGAAAACGAAGGAUUGGUACAUUCUGUUCGUUGGUGACUCCAACAUGCGGGCACAGCAUUUGACCUUUCAAUCUUGGCACGGUCGCGAUCGGAAUCAAUAUCCCCAAAGUGGCUACAUUUCGACUGCCAAGGGUCUCGCAAAGCAGCUACCCCAAAUUAGAGAAAAACUGAGUGCUUUGAAGAAGCACGCCACUAAUCGGACCGAGUUUUACGUCCUGUUCAAUGCCGGCUUGCACGACAUUGCGCGCCUCUGUAGUCGAAAGUGGUCCCAUGAGAGAUUUAACAACGGUGACACCCGACCUUGCGUGGAACAGUAUCGGCAGCAUCUAGGCGAGCUGAUCAAUGGCAUCAAGGACCUCUCACCCAAGCUUGCCGUUCUGCAAACAACCAUUGCUGGUUGGCCCAAAUGGGGCAAUUUUGGUUUUGCGUGGCCGCCAUCUCAAGGACAACCAUUGCCCUUCCACUCGUCCACAUGCCAAUCCUUUAAUGAGAUUGCCUGGGAAGAGGCAACGAAAGCGGAUAUCUCUGUGAUGGAUGCGUAUUGGUUGACCGUGCCUCGGCCAGAUCAUCGACAAGUCGAUAACGAAAAUGCGAUUGGAAAGCACAUGGUACACGUUGGACCAGAGAUACACAGCGUUAUGCAGCGCAAGUGGAUUUCCUUGAUUGAGAUUGCCUUGGGAAACGACAACCCAGUCAUGUGA